AGACGCACUGCUGUGAGUGCGUGGUGGUUACGACCGCUCGCGGCUGCGUGCGGCAGUGACCUCACAGAGGGGUCGCCGCCGUCGCGUCUCACCACGGCAGCGCGGCCGCUUGGGCCGCGCCGCUGCUGUGUGCGGUUCUGUUCCGCCUCAGCGACCGGCCCUCCACUUCGUCCCCGCCUGUUGAAGGAGGGGCCGUCUCACUUGCCUUGCGGGAGGGCGAUUUCGCAGCCUUUCCUCUCGCUUCUUUUCCUCCACCGUCACACGCGUGACGCACGGCUUCGUUGCCCUCGGGCCUUCUUUGUCGGGCUCCGGGGCCUUAGCUAGGCCCAUUUCUCCUCCAGGGAGCCAUGUCCGAGCAGACGGGCUUGGCCGUGCCGCAAACCAUGGACAGAAGCUGCUGGGUUUGUUUUGCCACUGAUGAGGAUGAUCGGACAGCAGAGUGGGUGAGACCUUGCAGAUGCAGGGGCUCUACGAAAUGGGUUCAUCAGACUUGUCUGCAGCGCUGGGUGGAUGAAAAGCAGAGAGGAAACAGUACUGCUAGAGUUGCUUGUCCUCAGUGCAAUGCAGAAUAUUUAAUAGUAUUUCCAAAGCUAGGUCCAGUUGUUUACGUUUUGGAUCUUGCAGAUCGCCUGAUCUCAAAGGCUUGUCCAUUUGCUGCAGCUGGAAUAAUGGUGGGCUCUAUAUACUGGACAGCUGUUACAUACGGAGCUGUGACGGUGAUGCAGGUUGUGGGUCACAAAGAAGGUCUUGAUGUCAUGGAGAGAGCUGAUCCUUUAUUUCUUUUGAUUGGACUUCCCACUAUCCCAGUCAUGCUGAUACUGGGCAAGAUGAUUCGUUGGGAAGACUAUGUGCUCAGGCUGUGGCGCAAAUACUCUAAUAAACUACAAAUUUUGAACAGCAUAUUUCCAGGCAUUGGGUGUCCUGUUCCUCGUAUUCCAGCAGAGGCCAACCCUUUGGCAGAUCAUGUCUCUGCUACACGUAUACUAUGUGGAGCUCUAGUUUUCCCUACUAUUGCCACAAUAGUUGGCAAGCUGAUGUUCAGCAGUGUGAACUCAAAUUUACAAAGGACAAUCUUGGGUGGAAUUGCCUUUGUUGCUAUAAAAGGAGCUUUUAAGGUUUACUUCAAACAGCAGCAGUAUUUGCGCCAAGCUCACCGAAAAAUACUGAAUUAUCCCGAGCAAGAAGGAGCAUAAGGCUGUGGUCUCCAGAUGUCAUACAGUCUCACUUAACAGGUUUCCUUGUUGUAUUGGUUCCAUCGUUAUUGCAGAGUAGUGGAGAAUUGAGAUAAGCUGCUGCUCCUCUUUUGUUUUUUUUUUUCCCUUUAAACCUAAUAAAGCACUGUCUUAUGGCAGGGUAAAUCCUUUCAGCAACCACUAAACUUAAGAAUGUGUCUUGGCCUUCAUUAUUUUUGGGUAUUUUUGUUGUGCAACAGGCUUCUGAAUUGAUUUGAGCCAAUAUACUGAACAGGACUAAAAAAGAAGUCAGAACAAAAAAAAUCUUAAAUUAUAUACUUAAUGUAGGCUGCAUCCAAAUGGCUUUUCUGUGUGUUUUUGUAACCAUGCUACCAUCCUGUUUAGCAUUUCACACAAUGAAGGGACAUUUUUAGAAAGGAAAUGUCAUUACAAAGGAGAAUAAGGAUUUCCUUAGUUUUUGCUGGUUUCAGCAGGAAGUGUAAAAUACUCAAAAGACUGGUCUGAGACAGCAGAAUGCAGACAGUUCUACAGGACUUGUGUGUCAGCUUUAGCCACCCAAGUACUAGGUGUUGAAUUAGCAUGGCUUCCAGGUGACUGUUCCAUGAGUGAUAUUUUUUUUUGCACUGUCCUGUUGUAUCUUCUGCAGUGCCUAGUGUUACUUCUCCUGGCUCUUUCCUGUUUUGUAACUGGUGCUUCAUAGCAGUUUUUCCCUCCCAAGUAAAACUAAUUACCUGGGGGAGUCAAUUUCUGUUGCUUAUUUUGUAGUUAAGUGUUAGAGCACUUUGUUUCAUUUUCAUGAUCCUUUUGAUUAUGUAAAUAUCCAUACAAGUACAAAGAGCAGUACAACUGUGAGGAAACAACACUGAACACUAAAGCUACAUUUAAACUGACAGAUUAGGGCAUCCUUCGAAACUUCCAGCCCUGGGAACAUAACUCAUCUCUGUAUCAGGACUAGGCUUUUUCAGCCCAUACCAGCUGCAGUGGAAGUAUCCUUGUGGAAGGACUGGCUGUGAAGGGUGUGACACUACACUUUGGGCACUUAUCGUGUGGUACAUACCAGUAGGCUAGAUACUCUUUUAAGGCAACUUGGAUCUGUUCUGUAAAAGACUAGAGAAUAAAUCUUAAAUGUGUAAUUUAAGUUUGUUUACACAGUAAGCUUUACUGUUGCAGUGUGUUCAGAGUAGCCAUCUGAGGGAGACAUUAGCACUUCAGUUACUGAUUUCCUUUAUAAACACAAUUUCAUCAGAAAUAAACUGGUUUAGGAAGUUAAAUUUUGACAAAUAGUAAGUCCAUUUAAUAUUUAUACCAGACCUAACCUAGAUUCAGCACAAAGGUUUUUUUCAUUAGCAAUCUAUUUUUUUCUCUCCUCAAAGUUGUGUGGUUUUAUUUUUUCCCUUGUUCAUAUUAGUAUGUCAAAUGCACAGAGAAAGAUUUAAAACAAUCUUUUACUGGUAGUAUUCACAAGUAAAGUUUUCUUUUCACCGGGAGGGAAGUAAAUGAAGACUGGACUUCACAUUUGACUGCAAUAAUGUAUGUUAGAGAAAUUAAAAAUAUGGUACCUUUUUCCAUAGUAUGUUUAUCUUAAUUACUGAGAUGUAAUAUUUUAGAACUGUACAAAAAUGUAUAUAAUGGCCAACUAGUAUUCAGAAACGAUACAGGUAUUGAAAAUUAUGUAUUCAAUCCAUAUUGAAUAAUUUUGAGGUUUUUGCUGUAACUGAACAAUUACUAUAAUCUUAUGAGUCUGCUGAUUAUAUUUGUCUUGGUGCGCUCACUUUUAUAUAAAACUAUGGAGUAGCAACCUCUGGAAGUUGCUGCUUUCUGUAAGAUAGUCUUGAAACGAUAUGAUACCUAUUUCUUACAGACCUUUCAUUUCAAGAAAACAGCUUUUCAGCAGUCUUCAUUGUAUAUAUUUCCAACCAGUUUAUUACUCUUUUUUAAAGUGUUGUGAAGAAUUGAAUGAUGCCAAUUAGUAGAAUUGAAAGUUGUUCCCUGGAAAAGCUCAUCGUCUCCUCUAGAAAGUUAAAGCUCUUGUAAAAACACAGUUAUGAAAAUACUGUAUAGAUUAUAAAAUUAUUGCACCUGAGUGGCAGGUCUUUGCUCUGUUGUAAAUCUUGUUUUUAAGUAUUGCAAAUUAUAGUUAUGUUCAAUUAGGUUGAAUAAAUAUUUUUUACACUC